GCCCUCCCUCUGCCGGAGUACAGUGACAGUGACAUCACAGGCUGCUGGGAAAGACAGAUCACUAGUGCUAUGUGUGUGUGUGUAUUCCCCUGUCCAACUGUCACAUAGGGAAGGUGUGGAUGAGUGCCGGCUCUUAUCCUGCAAGUGAACUGACUUAACAACCUUUAGGAUCCAUCCCUGAACUCUUUAACAUUUGGCUUUCACUGUCCUUUAAUAGAAGACAACCAGAAACAGUAUUUAAAUGAUCUACGACUGAUGCCUGCCUGAACCUGUUUAACUCCAGCAGCCUCCUAUGGAUUGUAUCAUAACUGCAGACACUACAUGUGGAUCUGCACCCACUGCUGGCUUUCACUUGUGAGAACAGAUAUGAUGAAACGCUGGGUUUUUGGGCUUCUUUGAUUCUAAGUAGGAUUAUUUUUAGCCUCUGCUCUGUUAACAGAAUGCUCCUGCUACCUAAGAUCUCACUCUGCUCUUUUUGUCUGCUCAAGCGGGGAAACUGAGUGCUUUCUGUACUUUCACAAGCAGCCAGAGCAAGACAUCCUCCCAGUGAAGAUGGUAAAACAAGUUGUGUAUUUUUUUUUUGUAUUUUACAAAUGCAAGGUACAUUUAGAAGGUACGACACUGGAUUGUUGCAUUCCAUAACUUUCUGAGAAGAUGGGACUCCAUUCUAAAACAGGAUUUAAAUGGUAUUUUAAACUGUUUUGGUCUAGCUCUGACAUUUCCGUGGCAUUCAUCAACGAGAACAUUCCUUUCGGCGCCGGUCUAGGGUCUCCCCAAUGCUAAAAGGUGACAUGAGUUUGCCUACAAACUGUGGGUUCCUGGCUCUGACAGACUGCAGUGGAAGAAGAUUUUGUAAUGGGAAUGUAUACGGGUCACCUUGUGCGGUCAACCGCCCUAUUGAUAUUGUGCAGAGGAGGAGACGCUUUGAUGUGGAGAAUGGCCUUUCCUCAGGCAGAAGCCCUCUUGAUUCCCAGGCUAGCCCCGGGUCAGGACUGGUACUGCAGGGAAACUUUCCACACAGCCAGAGACGGGAAUCCUUCCUGUACCGCUCAGACAGUGACUAUGACAUGUCACCCAAAGCUAUGUCUAGGAACUCAUCUAUUGCCAGCGAUCUACAUGGAGAAGACAUGAUUGUAACUCCUUUUGCACAGGUUCUGGCAAGUCUGAGGACAGUGCGGAGCAACUUUGCAGUACUUACCCACUUACAGGAUCGAGUAUCCAACAAGAGAUCAUCUGGCAGCAAUCAACCAUCAGCCUGUAAACCAAACCUGUCUGAGGAUGCAGUUCAAAAAUUGGCCAUCGAGACUCUGGAAGAGUUGGACUGGUGUCUGGAUCAACUGGAGACUCUGCAGACCAGGCACUCAGUUUCUGAGAUGGCCUCAAAUAAGUUCAAAAGGAUGCUGAAUAGAGAACUUACACACUUAUCAGAAACAAGCCGCUCAGGAAACCAGGUGUCGGAAUAUAUAUCCAGUACCUUUUUAGACAAGCAACAUGAAGUGGAAAUUCCCACCCCAGUCUCAAAAGAGAAGGAUAAGAAGAAGCGUCCCAUGUCCCACAUUAUUGGUGUCAAGAAGCUGACACACAGUUCUAGUUUCAGCAACUGCAGUAUCCCGCGAUUUGGAGUAAAGAUUGAACAGGAAGCACCCCUUGCACAGGAAGUAGAAAAUAUCAAUAAGUGGGGACUGGAUAUCUUCAAGAUAGCAGAAUAUUCUGGAAACAGGCCUCUGACAGUUAUCAUGUAUUCAAUAUUCCAGGAAAGAGAUCUCCUGAAAACUUUCCAAAUUCCUGUGGACACAUUCAUUACAUACAUGAUGACUCUGGAGGAUCACUACCAUUCUGAUGUGGCUUAUCAUAACAACAUUCAUGCAGCAGAUGUAGCACAAUCUACCCAUGUCCUGCUCUCCACCCCUGCUCUUGAGGCUGUAUUCACGGACUUGGAAAUAAUGGCUGCCAUUUUUGCAAGUGCAAUUCAUGAUGUAGAUCACCCUGGAGUGUCUAAUCAGUUCUUAAUUAAUACCAAUUCAGAGCUGGCGUUGAUGUACAACGACGCUUCUGUCUUAGAAAAUCACCACCUUGCGGUCGGGUUUAAAUUGCUUCAGGAAGAAAACUGUGAUAUCUUUCAGAAUCUGACCAAGAAACAGCGCCAAACACUGAGAAAAAUGGUUAUUGACAUGGUACUGGCAACAGAUAUGUCAAAACACAUGAACCUGUUAGCAGAUCUGAAAACCAUGGUGGAAACCAAGAAGGUGACUAGCCUGGGAGUCCUGUUGCUAGAUAAUUAUUCUGAUCGCAUACAGGUCCUACAGAAUAUGGUGCAUUGUGCAGAUCUUAGCAAUCCCACCAAACCUCUGGAGAUCUAUCGCCAGUGGACAGAUCGGAUAAUUGUGGAAUUCUUCCACCAAGGAGAUCGGGAAAGGGAAAAGGGAAUGGAGAUUAGCCCCAUGUGUGACAAGCACAAUGCUUCUGUUGAAAAAUCCCAGGUGGGUUUUAUUGACUACAUUGUACAUCCACUGUGGGAAACCUGGGCAGACCUUGUACACCCUGAUGCCCAAGAAAUUUUAGAUACACUGGAGGAUAAUCGAGAGUGGUAUCAGAGCAUGAUUGCCCAUAGCCCAUCACCUCCGCCUGAAGAGCAGGACCCAGACAGAGGCAAUGCAGCGGGAGACAAAUUCCAGUUUGAGUUAACACUGGAGGAGGAAGGGGAGUCAGAUACAGAACAGGAGGACACUGAAAGCCCUAUAGAUGAGGAAAACAGUGACUCCAAAUUACAUGCCACAGAUGAUUCUGCCCAGGCGAGUGAUGAGGCUGACCAGCCAUCACCAGUUGAUUUGUGCACGACUGUUUCAAGCAAGCUGGUUCACUUGAAAAUCCCACCGAAGAGCACUCUGACCAAGCAGAAAAAAAUCUUGAAUUUUGAUAAUCUGAAACUUGCUGGUGAAAGGACGAUACAGCAAAAAGAAGUGUCCAGCAGCCAUGCUUCCCCUGCAAACUCAGCCAGGCAGGAGGGUACUGGGCAAGCAGAAAUCAGUUUGGACCAAGAAGGAAACAUCACAUAUCUUCCAUUAGGAACGUAAUGCCAAAUUCUCACUCCAUUUAUAUUUUAUUUUUACUCAGUCACGCACACUUUACUUUUUAUUUGAUUGGGGGUUUUUUGGAGGAGGGUUGGACUCUUUAUUUUUAAGAAAAAGAAAAAGCUACAAAACAAAAAGUGUGAAAAAGGUUGCCUGUUGUUUGAUGAUGCAUGGGAAAAGGUUGGUGAUUUUCAGUAGGUCUCGGGUUAGAGCAUUCUGGCAAGGUGGAACUUUUUGUGCCAAAAGACUGACCUUUCUGCCAUAAUCAGGAUUCAUGUUGUGCUCUGUGUGGUCCAAAAGUCUCCAAGGUUCUUAUGCACGACAUGACAGCAGAUGGGUGGGGCAGCAGGUGACACUUUAUUCUGCUGAGUGCCAAAUAACCUUAAACAAGCUUUACAGAUUGUGUGCUGAGUGAUUUCAUUGUAGCUUUUCCAAGCCAUUUAAUACCUGUUACAGUUUCUCAUGUAAGGGUAUGUAUUUUUCCAUUCAUCGUCCCUUCUAAAAACACAAGAUAUUUUGUCAGUUUCUCAUAAUAUGUUGGUAAUCAGGAAUAUUUAUCAACUGCAGCCUUCUAAUUACACAUAGAAGUAUUUAUAUUUGUAAUUUUGACACACCCAGGGAAUAUAACUUGUCCUAGGGAAUGGUGUCCUAUUGCAGAACCCAGGAAGUUGUUGGUUUUAGCUCAGAAACAGCUGGUAUACCAAUACCAUGAUAUUAAAGAGGCUGAGAGGCUAUCUUUCUUGUGGAUUAUGGCAUUGCUUUUUAACCUUUUUCUACAAUGGAAUAUCUAGCCUGCAGUGUUCCAGAAUUACUGUCUGAACUUCUUUCAAAUGCCCAAUGUCAUUGUUAUGUAGAUUCAUGUUAGUCUGAAGUUUUUACUACCCAGUCUUCACUGCCUGUAACCUAACUGUAGCCUAUGGCAUGGACCCAACAACAAAGUUAAAUUUGGGAUGCAAAACAGUGGUAAAUUGACCUAUUCUACCAAGAUAUACUGAAAUUGAUCUACACUCUAUAUCAGUGAUCCCCAACCAGUAGCUUGUGCACAACAUGUUGCUACCCAACCCCUUGGAUGUUGCUCCCAGUGGCUUCAAAGCAGGUGAUUAUUUUUGAAUUCCAGGCUUGGAGGAAACUUUUGGUUGCAUAAAAAUCAGUUGUAUUCCUAAAUAGAGCUUUCCGUAGGCUGCCAGUCCACAUAGGGGCUAUCAAAUAGCCAAUCACAGCCCUUCAUAGCAUCCUCAGGAACUAUUUUCAUGCUUAUGUUGCUCCCCAACUGUUCUUACAUUUGAAUGUGGCUCACAGGUAAAAAAGGUUGGGGAUCCCUGCUCUAGAGCUACACUCCUGAGCCCCCUGCAACCGCAGGGUCUGCUUCCUCUGUAGUUCAUCCCAUUCCGAUUUGAGAUACAGAAUGGUCAUUAGCUACAACUAAUGUCUAUUGACAACAAGCCUAUACAUAUAGAAUGGAAUAUCAGUCAGAACCAGGUAAUGUAUACACAGUCCAUACCCCUCUUACACGAAGGGCUUUGUUAAUGCAUGCCAGACACCACUGCUAACCACAUAGCAGUUCAGACAAGUCUGAGUAAUCUAUGAUGACAUAGUCUUAGCAUUAUUUGCUUUUUAUCCUUUAAUAUAUAAUAUUAAUAUUUCAGAAACAUAAGGUCACCAAUAAAAUAUACAAUGAGCAGACACUGAUGGUUAGACACCAUGAUAAUAUUGUUUUGCUUUCCAUGCAACUAUACACCUUUGGUGUCUGAUAUUGCUGAACAGUGUAUAAAAAGACUAAUAUAUUUUAUGAGAAUACUUGGAGUUUUUGCAGACACAGAGCACAUGGAUCUCCAGAUUCCCCUGCAUUUAUAUUACAUCACAUGGGCAUAUGCCUUUAUUUUUUCCAUGAUGGAAAGCUCACUUGAGUAGACGGGGGAACUAAGAGUUUUUUUUGCUUGCAACACUUUUGUGAAGCAGCUGGAAGACUUUCUACAGCUCAGGGCAUGGUGGAAUGAUUGUAUGUAUGUAUGUACUGACAGAUUAAUGUGUAGCAGUCAACUGGAGGGUGUUCCUACUUUUUUUAACCCAAAUGUCGCACAGAGCACACUGGACAGUUUUACCCUUUCAUUACAGGUCACAUAGGCUUUAGUGGUUUGGAAUAAACACAAUAAUUAUGCAUACAUUUGAACAAAUGUUUUAUUUUAGCAAGGGAAGGUCACUUAUUAUAUACAGUUUAUAAAAACUGGGUUUCCACUAAAUAAAUAGGCAGGUAUAAUGACAUAGCCUAGAAUAAAGAAAACUAUGUCCCCCUUAUUUACUGAUUGUUUAUUAGAAGAUAAGUUCUUUUAAAUUGGACAUAUGACCCUUUACAAUGUUGGACUGGGGUUUGUGGGGCCCACCAGGGCUGUCACCUCAGGGGCCUCCCACCCCAGUAAUGAGCUCCUCCGGGGAGCAGCACCCACAGUUCCCCGAGGAGAGAAAGCCUCGGUUGGGAGGACCCAUAAGGGCUGGGGCCCAUCGGGUUUUAUCUUGGUGUCCUGCCAGCCCAGCUGCCAUAAACAAUAUAUACCAUAACCCUGAACUGCUUAGAUGAUACCAACCCAACAAUGCUGUAUAUAUCAUCCUAACCAGUAAAAAGAUAUUGCAUCUUAGCCAAGAUGUUCUAGACUGGGUCCAGGAAGCUUACAGUUAUUCCCUCACUGCGUAGAUAGGCUGCUGCAAUUGGUUUGGCUUCACUUGGCUGACGAUGGGUCAAUUUAUGAACACAAACACAUGUAAAUGUUCAAUACAUUGAAAGAAAAUGUACUCUUGAACCCAGAUAUUAUUUGCAGAAUUAAAAUGCCUUCAUUGGUUCUUUUACCUUCUGAAUAAAGGGUAAGCUGUUACAGUAUAUUCAGCCAUGACAGGAUUUUCAAAAAAGGAAAAAGCACUAAGACAUUCUAUUUUGGGUCGAAAAGUAGGAAUACUUCUCCAGCUUGGAAAAAAAAACAAGUUGCAUUAAUUUAUUCUGCUAAAGUUUUUCACUUUAUUUUAGUGUAUUUGUAGUUCACUUUUGAACAAAGCCACAAUUCUGUGCACACGUCUCCAAUAUGAUCUUACUGUGAUUAGCACUCAAAAUGCUGCAUUAUUAUUAUUAUUAUUAUAACUUUGCACUUUUCAGCAACACCGGUGGAGUAAUGCCACUCUGGCAGUAAUAUUGUGCUGGCUUAAGGUCACUGGUGUUGGAGGCAUCUAUUCUAUGGCAUGUGGUCUGGGUUGUUACUGGCAUUUCUGCUAAGGAACCAUAUUAGUUACAUAACACAAACUGUCUACAUAGAGAGUAAUGACUUUCCAUGUGUCUAACGCAAAGAAACAUUAUAUGGUUUCUGGUAAUGUGUUUGCACCUGCUUUAUACAACCUAAUAAAAUGCCUCUUACACCUAAAUUCCAUAGCCAUAGGUUAAACUCACAUGUAAAAAUGACUGUUUGCUGCCGUACGCUCACAAGUGGCGGAUUUUGGCCUGAAAAUGCAUUUUCAGGCAGAAUUCCCUGUGCGCACUGGAAGGCGGAUGCAGUGAUGGCAGCCAUGUGAUAUUAGCCUUAACUGCACUAGGAGGGGGUUCACACACGUCCAUUAUAGGUUAUAGGCUAAGCACAGACUGGAUGCAACAACCUAUAAUGAACCCAAGUGAACAAAUGGAUUUGCGGUGAUUAAUUCCAUGUCAUUUAUUAUUACUGCAAUAGUGAACCGUUAUUGUACAUUAAUGUGUAUAAGGUCCUCAUUUAUUAAAGCUGGCUAAAGUUAAGACUUUUCUCAUGCAAGUGAGAACUUAUGAGUCAAUGACUUUAGUAGGCUGUGAUAAAGCCAGACCUCAGUCUCUUGCAGAGAUGCCACAAACCAUGUUUGUUUUAUUAUUUUUCGUAAUAAAAAAUACUUUAUCUUUU